AUGGCUUUCUCAAAGUCUAUCAUCCUUGCCGCUCUCCUGGCCUACGCCGAGGCCCGAUUCGGCCAAGAGCAAGAGCCUGUUGCUGCCGUCCAGGCACUCGGUGAUGCUGGAUUCGGUGACCCUGGUGUCGCUGCCACUAUUGCUGGUAGCAUCCCUAGCGCUUUGCUCGCAGCUGCUAGUCCUUGUGACAAGCUUACUAUCGCCGAUCAGAUGAUCACCGAGUUGGGAACUGACCAGCAAGUUCUCGAUGCAGCUAUUGGUCUUGUUGCAGCUGAGACCAACUUCAACCCUUCGGCUGUUGACAGACCUUUCGUCUGUGCUGACCCCAGCCUACCAGCCACUGCUGCCCUUCGCGGCAUUGUCCCUCUCGUUGAUCCCGCUGUUGACGGUGCAGCCACUGAGAAUGCCAACUCGGCAACCUCAGUCACAACUCCUUUCGAUGCUGCUGGCUUAUCACAAGCUGAGGUGAUGAUUGCUCAGGGAUUCAGCACAUUCACAGCCGUCGGUGCUAAUGGCGACCAAGUCGAGCUUGAUGGCCAGGACGGUGCUGCCGCUGGUGGUGCUGGUCAAGACGACGGCCAGGAUGAUGGCACCGAUGCUGGUGCUGACAACGGUGCUGAUGCCGGCGCGGAUGCCGGUGCUGGUGCUGGUAAUGGAGGAGCUGCCAACAACGGCACUGCUCCCGCUGAUGGCCAGCAGGGCAACAAUGGCUCGGAUAACGCCCAGGAUGGAAACAACGCAAAUGACGAUGAGGAUUGCGAAGAGGAUGACAGCAACAAUAACGGAAACAAUGGUAACAACAACAAUGGCAAUGCCAACAACGGUAAUAACGGAAACAACAACAACAACGGAAAUGGAAACCAGAACAACCAGGGCGGAAACAAUGGCAACAACGACAAUGCUCAGGACGGUCAGGAUGAUGCUGCAGAUGACAACAAUGCUGGAAAUGGUGCCGGUAACGGCGGCAACGCUGGAGGCAACGCUGGAGGCAACGCUGGUGCUCUCGACUUCGGUGUCUGCCAGCCUACAAUGGCUCGCGUUGGUGGCCUCAACGGUCGCCCAGCUGACGAGUUCACCUUCAUUCCCCAGGAUCCUCUCAUUGCUGAAGGCCAGCAGGAGGCUCUCAACCCCAACAUCAUUACCAACCGUAUCUGUGACCAGCUCACCAACGUGUGUGACGCUAGUGCCGAUGCUGUGGCUGCUUGUGAGGAUGCUCAGGCUCAGAUUGAGGCUUUGGGAACACGGGAUCAAAGCACCGCUGAUACAUGGAACGCCCUACUUGGCUUCGACGGUGUUGAUUCUACUCAGCAGCAGGUUUGA